AUGCCGGCAAGCUCGUCUCUGUGGAUUAUUUUCCUCCUCAGCUCCGGUGUCUGCGCCAGAAAGCAGCGCGCCGAGGAGGAUGCUGAGGAGCCCUGGCCGGAGAGCGUGUCCAGGGCGAGGUGCGCGUCGCGGUGCCUCAGCCUGCACAGCGUCGCCGCGCUCUCCACAUCGCUCCAGAAUAACGGAUCCUUGGGCUGGUGUCAAAACCACAAACAGUGUGCAAAGUGCCUGGAGCCCUGCAAGGAUUCUUGGGAGAUGAAGAGGAAAAGCAACUGCAGAGAGCUGUGUGAGCGGGUGUUUCCCAAGAAGCACUGGGAGUGCGUGACCAGCUGUGAGUUCCUUCAGUCAGUGUUGGCGAUGAAACAGGGCAGCUGUCCGCCUCCGGAGAGAGCCAGUGGCUUUGCAGCUGCCUGCGUAGAGAGCUGUGAUCAUGACCGGGAAUGCUCAGCUCAGAAGAAAUGCUGCUCCAAUGGCUGCGGCCACACCUGCCAGUCUCCCAAAGACCCCUACAAGGGUGCUCCUCUGAAGCCCAGGAAAGAGCUGGGCUUCGAAGAACUGUCCUCCGGUCAGCUGGAGGUGCGCUGGUCUUCCCGCUUUAAUAUCUCAGCUGAGCCUGUGGUCUACGUCCUGCAGAGGAGGUGGAACUUUGGCAUCCAGCCCAGUGAGGACACUGCUACCUCCUGGCAGGUGGUUGCACAGAUCACAGAGCAGGGAGUGAGGCUGUCUGACAUCCGACCUGGACGCUGGUACCAGUUCAGAGUGGCAGCUGUCAACACCCACGGGACCAGAGGUUUCACUACGCCCAGCAGGCACAUCCAAUCCAGCAGAGACCCUUCCAGUCCUCCAGCCCCCACCGAGCUGAGAGUGGCCAACAUGAGCUUCGGCCCCGGCAGGGCGGUGUCGGCUAGUCUCCGUUGGAGCAUGCCCACUGACCUGGAUGUCCCCGUCCACCACUACAAGGUCAGCUGGAGCUGGACUGCAAUCGGGCAGGCCUCUGCUUCAUCCCUGACCAAGAGGAGGAAGACAGUCAGAGGGAGCCAGGUGGAGCUAGACAGCAUGCGGUCCAACAGGAGCUACAGCGUGGAGAUCCAGGCCGUGUCCUACUGGGGACAAACUCAACUCAAGGGACCCCGAGCCGUCCUCCACUUCACCACACAGCGUGCCACCAGUUCAAGCAACCCCACAGGCGACAUUCUGGAUGUGGGGACACCAUUCUACCAGGACGGCCAACUCCGGGUUCACGUCUACUGGCAGAGCAGCACCGAUCCUUCAGUUGAGUUCUACAGAAUCCAAUGGGGGCCGGAGUAUUGUGGGCACAACCAGACCAGACCCAUGGAGAAGACUGUCACACAGGAGAGCUUCAUCAGCCUGCAGGGCUUGCUGUUCUCCUGCAAGUAUAAAGUCCUUCUGCAGCCGGUCAGCAAGAAGAGUCGUCCUCUGGCGGAAAGCGCAAGCUUCUUCACUCCGUCCUGUGCCACCAUCCAGGCCAAGAGUCCCAAAUCCAUCCACUGUCCUGGAGAAACACUGUCGCCUCAGAAGGUCCUGGUGAAGGCGACAAACCUGACAGCGUCCUUUGAGGUCCGGGGAGGCAACGUGACGGCCAUCUUCAGCUGGGAUUUGUCCAAAGUCCCGCCCCGCCAGCAGCUAACUGGUUACCAGGUGACCUGGGCGGAGGUCAUCCCCACUAACCGUCACAACGGCAACAACAAGCUGCCUCACAGCCUCAUUUCCCAGUCUCAGAUCCUACCCCCGGAUAGCAAUGUUCUGGUGGUGUCAGGCCUGCACCCUGCCAGUCUGUACAGGCUGGAGGUCCAGGCCAUCACAGCAGAGGGUGAAGGUCCUGCAACCAGCCACACCUUCCAGACCCCUGGAUACCAAAGCACCCCGAAGCACAGAUCCAGGCAUCACCAUAAACAGCCAAUCAUAGAGAGGCACUGA